AUGUCUUUAGUUAUGUCAGAUGAGCUUUCGCAUGUGGACUUGCAGCGGAUGCUGCAAGUCACAGAGUAUGAGAACAAGGACGAAAUACGAGUUGCAGAGCUGCGUGGCCGAGCUGCAUAUUGUGAUGCAGAGGCUGCCCGUGAGCGUGCCUCUUGUAAGAGGAUGCUUUUGGAAGCCAUGCUAAAAGUUCCUACGCCACAGCAGAAAAGGGCAUGUGUGCCUCGGGAUGCUCAGCUCCUCACUGCGCAGCGUAUUGAAGCUCACGAGGGGGCAUGUGUGCCUCAGGAUGCUCAGCCACCAUGGACUGAGCUCCCUGAGCCACUCACCAUGCAGCAUAUCGAAGCUCACGCGGAUAGCUUUGAUUGCCGGAGUACUGUCAUAUGGCCAGUCCCUAUGCCGAUGCGGAUAUACAAAAAGCCAAGGCCUGCCGCCACAAGAGUGCCGUUUUUCUAUCGGUUCUUUCCAGAUGCUCCGACGACCUCCGAAGAGGAGCAUGUUAUCACGAUGUUAGAAGCAUCAGGUGUGCACAACUUGCUGCGAGAAUUCGCUGAGCAGCUCUUGGAGUUUGCAGAGACAGUCGUUCAAAAUGAGUUACAAGAGAUUGCACGUGAACAGUAUGAACGACAGCAGACAAAGUAG